AUGUCGGGCGUGGCGCAGGCCGCCGCCGAGGUCAAGCCCAGCCUCAACUCGGCCUUCAGCGCCGUCGUCAGGAAGAAUUUCUCCUCGUUCUCGGUGGACUCCAUCCUCGCCUCCGACUCGCGGGGGGCGCGGCCCGAGGACGACCUCAAGGCGUCCCCCCGCGAGCCCUCGGACGCCGAGAGCGAGCGCGAGGACGAGCGGUCGCCCGGCCGCCGCGACGAAGACGACGUCGAGGUCCGCAUGGACUCCGAGGACGACCUCAAGGAGCACGACUCCCUCGAGGACUGCGCCCCCGACGGGGGGGCCUUCCGGCCUGCCGCCGUGACUCCCCUCAGGGACGCCCUGUUCCCCUCGCGCGUGGGCGGCGCCCCACACCACCCGCUGCUCCCGGCGGGCCUCCAGCCGGGCCUGUGGCCGCCCCUGCACCUCCUGCAGCACCACCUGGCCCUCAGGGCGUGCGCCGCCAAGUCCUCGGAGCCCCCGCGCUUCCACGGCCCCAUGAAGGUGACGCUCCGGAAGCACAAGCCCAACCGCAAGCCGCGCACGCCCUUCACCACGCAGCAGCUGCUGGCCCUCGAGAAGAAGUUCCGCGAGAAGCAGUACCUGAGCAUCGCCGAGCGCGCCGAGUUCUCCGCGUCGCUCAGCCUGACGGAGACGCAGGUCAAGAUCUGGUUCCAGAACCGCCGCGCCAAGGAGAAGAGGCUGAAGGAGGCGGAGAUCGAGAGGCUGCGGUUCGACUCGCGGCCGACGCUGGUUCAGAACCCCCUCCUCCCCCCCGCCUCCCUCCUCCCGCAGUUCCUCCUGUCGAGCUCCUUCUCCCACCUGACGCAGGGUCUCCGGCCGCCCUUGCCCGGCUUCGCCCCGGCGCCCUCCGACAGCUAGCGGCCUCGUCCUCGGCUCUGCGUGGGAGCGGCUGCGGGUUUAUUUAUUUUUCUACAUUUUUUCAGCUUUUCCAUCAUUCGGCUUUCUUUUCUUUCUGUUCUUUCUCGCUCUUCUUCCCUUCUCUUCGCUUAUCUUCUGUUCUAUACUUUUCUCUUCUCUUGCCUUCCCUUCCCUCUUCUCUUUUUAUUCUCUUCUCUCUUUUCUC